CAGGACUUCAUAACAGGUGCCCUCUUGUACUUUUGUUAUCAUUUGGCUUGCCGCAACCCUGACCUCUGCACCCUGCGUAUGUAUCUAUUUUACUUGUAACUUUAGUGGCUCUUUUAGAUAGCGUCAGAACAUGUCGUCAGGUGGCGCGGGCCCAUCCGCGCCGGCGGACCAAGGCGUGCCUGUUCCUAAAGCGGAGUUCAUUGAGGACGUCGCGAAAUUUAUGGAAGACAAGGAUGCCGACAAAAUUCUAGCUCAGCUUCAUGAGAAUAUCCGCACGUAUCGUAUGAUCCAGGAAGACCUUUCGCAGAGGCGUACGCGUACGAUUACCAAGCUGCCUGAGCUGAGGCGAGCGGUCGAUAUCGUCAGGCAGCUCAUUGAGAAACAGUCGACAAGUGACGAGGUGGUCGCGGACUUCAUGCUUGCGGAGGGGGCGUAUGCGAAAGCCAAGAUCAAGGGCGCCAAAACGGUAAACUUGUGGCUGGGCGCCGGCGUCAUGCUGGAGUACCCACUUGCGGAGGCGCGUGCUCUGCUAGAGGAGAACGAGGCGAACUGCCGCGCCAACUUGAAGACUAACGAGGAGAGCAUGGCCUUGAUACAGGACAGCAUCACCACGACGGAGGUCAGCAUCGCGCGGAUAUACAAUUACGACUUGGAGCGGCGGCGAAAGAUGAAGGAGGAGGGGGGCCAGCUCGUUGCAUGAGGGUGCAGAGAUAGCCCUGGCUGGAAGGGCUACGGGUUAGCUUAGGG